AUAAGUAUUAUGUGGUGGUACAUACUUGAAAACACAACAUGAGAAGAACCAAAAUGUAUUAAGAAUGCUCAUUCGUGACAGCAAUUCUGUAUUGUCUGCAGUACAAAGCAUCCGCUAGAAAACAACCUUAGCAGCCCAUGUUUUUCAUUGGGAAGCCCAUGUUUUUCAUUGGGUUGAACAUCAUGAGCUCCUUCCACAAUCCUUUAUAGUUCGAUACUCGAUAGUGUAUUCACCAAACAGCCUAUAUAUAGUUCAUCCCUAAGAGAGAGACAAUAGGCUUGAAAGACUCAUCUGCCAUGGCUGUAACUUCCUCUUCAUCUGGUGUUACCAGUGUUUUUGGUGUUGGAAAAUACACAACUCAGUUGCUCACCGUCGAACCCAACAAAGCAACUCCAAAUGCUCCCCCAAAGCCACUCUUAAUCGCCACCCCUACAGAAACUGGUGACUUUCCAGUGCUGAUGUUUCUUCCUGGCUAUAUGAUUCUGAAUUCCUUCUACUCUCAGCUCCUUCAACACAUAGCUUCUCAUGGUUUCAUCGCCGUUGCUCCCCAGUUAUAUCUCAUAUCUUGCUGUGAUGCAACUGAUGAGAUAAAAUCCUCGGCCGAAGUCACGAACUGGCUGUCGGAAGGAUUAACCAGUUUCCUUCCAUCUCAAGUCCAACCAGACCUGAAAAAACUAGCGUUAUCCGGACACAGCCGGGGAGGGAAAGUAGCAUUCGCGCUAGCUCUGGGCAAGACGGCGACGGCUGAUCUGAAAUUCUCAGCCAUAAUCGGCGUGGACCCCGUCGGCGGAACAUGCCCUGAUGUCCUCAACUCCACUCCUGAUUACUUCGACCUUAACAUGCCAGCAAUGGUGAUCGGGUCGGGCUUGGGAGAUGUCAAGAAGAAUCUUUUGAGCUGCCCUUGCGCGCCCAAGGGGUCGAACUAUGCCGCUUUCUACAGCAAGUGUCGCGCGCCGGCUUGUUGCUUGGUGGCUAAAGACUACGGACACACUGACAUGCUGGACGAUGAUACGAGAGGGAGUUUGCGUGGGAUGCUGACUUAUUGUAUGUGCAAGAACGGGCCGGCUAGGGCGCCGAUGCGGGCGUUUGUGGGCGGCGCUGUGGUGGCGUUCUUGAGAGGGUUUUUGGAGAGUGACAUGAAUCCUUUGAUGGGUAUUAUAGACCAGACUGAAACUGCACCUGUUGAGCUUCAACCAGUGGAUUCCAAAGAUUUGGUGAGGGCCUAAGUUGCAUGUUAUUGCAAAUGAAUGGAAUUGAAGGUUGUGUGUCAACUGUCAAGAAAGUAUGGUAGGUACUAGGUAGUAGUAAAUGUAGUCAGUAUUUGGGAGAAGGGAGUCGAAAUGGGAUCGUUAUAUCGUGUGCCCUGUCCAAAACGAUGUCAUUUUUAGGUUGAGUUUAGAUGUAUUAUGUUAAGAGUUUAUGUGUUUUAUAUUA